AGCAAUCUUUGGCCAUUCACUAGUAACUCCGUAUUGAGCGCCUUCCAUGCGCCAGACACCGUGCUAGGCGUUGGGACCAAGGGGCCUCGCUGUCACCAUUGCUAGUCCAGGAGAGGGAGUGGAUCUAGGAGAACAGGUAUCUGCAGGUUACACCCAGAAGGGAAGGGUAGGAAGACAAGCUGCACGACCGACCCCUUUAAAAGGCGGGGCCUGGAGAACGGAACUGCGGAACGCCACUGAAAGACGCGCUCCGGAGGCCAAAAAAAGUGCACCGGAAGAGUCUUAGGCGUGCGGAGCUGCGCCGCAAGAGGCCUCGCCGCUAUGGGCCGCAACAAGAAAAAGCGAGGUGUCGACGAUCGGCGGCCGCGGCUCGUUCUUAGCUUCAAUGAGGAGAAGCGGCGGGAGUACCUGACAGGCUUCCACAAGCGGAAGGUGGAGCGGAAGCAGGCAGCCAUUGAGGAGCUCAAGCAGCGGCUCAAGGAGGAACAGAAGAAGCUUCGGGAGGAGCGCCACCAGGAAUACUUGAAGAUGUUAGCAGAGAGAGAGGAGGCUCUGGAGGAGGCAGAUGAACUGGAUCGGCUGGUGACAGCCAAGACAGAGUCGGUGCAGUACAGCCACCCCAACCACACAGUCACUGUGACCACCAUCAGUGACCUGGACCUCUCAGGGGCCAGGCUGCUCGGGCUACCCGCGUCUGAGCAAGGGGCUGGACACGGGUCCAAGGAGGAGGCAUCCAUGGAGAAGCCGACCAGAGCCUUACCCAGGAAGUCCAGAGACCCCCUGCUAUCCCAGCGGAUCACCUCUCUCACAGCAUCGCUGCAUGCUCAUAGUCGCAAAAAGGUUAAGAGGAAACAUCCCCGACGGGCCCAGGACUCCGCCAAGAAGCCCCCAAGUGCCACUCGUACCAGCAAGACCCAGCGCCGCCGGCUGACAGGCAGAAGUCGGCACAGUGGAGAGUGAGUCCCGACCGCCAGGCCGGGCCCCAGCCUAGGCUAAAGGACCCGCCUGUCUCAGCGUGGCUGGCCUGGUAGCUCAGCCUGCCCUGAGGGAAUGGCUCCAGAGUUGGGAUGCCAGCCCCUCUCCGACCUGCGACUUACACCCCAGAAGGAGCAGUGGGCUGAGGACUGGCUUCCGCCAUCAGAGCCAUGUUUGGGGCGUCUUCCUAAAUGUAUACCCCACUGGGCCUUCGCCAGAUGUCUGAAGCUGGGUGUCCUUGCGGCUGCUUCGUCUCUGGCUCUGAUGCCACGCGCCAAGGGCCGGCCUCUGUGUGGGGAAGCUGUCAGGGGAGUGGGCCGUCCUCACCAGUAGGUUUUCCUGCGGGUAUGAAGAGUCAGUGUUAGGCUUUCGCCCCCUACCAGGUUGUGGACCAGGGUAACCACUGGUAGGUCCAGAGUCCACCUGCUGCUCUGAAAAGCGGGCUACUGGGGCAAGUGGGUGAGCAGUGCCCGCUCUGCCCUCUAGUGGCUGAGACCCCGGGCCUGUCCCUGCUCCUUGGCCUCGUCAGUCUCCUCUGCUGAAAGUAAAGCGGUGGAAACGGGAGCUCUGGGCAUCCCUCCCCAGACUCGGGCAGCUUCCCCAGGCUUCCAGCAACUCCCGGAUGUUGGAGUCC